AUGCCAAACUCGGCCAAGACUGUGGCAAUUAUUGGGACCGGGCCAGCAGGUCUCUUCGCCGCUUGGGCAUUGCAGAACGAUGGGUACCAAGUGACAAUAAUCGAGAAGGCAAGAGAACAUCGUUACUCUACUAGACGUGCCGAAGGGGUUGCUGGAGAAGAUCAACCAGUGGACAUCCCGAUGCGUACCUUCUCCGGUUCUUACUACUCCAACCUGUUUCGAGCCCUGGAAUUUCUCAAGGUCGAAACACGAGUGCACCGUUUUCGCUACAACUUUCACCGUGGCGGGACGCAAUACUUCCAAUUCUUUUCAAACUUCCAUAAGAUUACACCCUGUCUUCAAAACACGGCGUGGGUGAAUUUAUAUGCGCUCGCGUGCUACCUUUGGUAUACGAUAGCAGUCUUCCUACCUCCACGUGUCCGGGGCACCGCCACGUCUGGCCAACGUAAAGGUGAAACUAAGACCCUAGAUCAGUACGCCAGACGCAUCCGACUGCCCAGUACCUUUCUGGAAUGGUACCUGCUUCCAUUAUUCUCGUCCGUCGCAACUUGUAGCCAUGCCGACCUUCGAGAGUGUCCCGCCGCGUACAUUGUCAACUAUCGGAAGGGAACAAUCGGGGCUCACCAUCGUACAAUAGUCGACAUGCGAGCGCUCCAAGGUCUCCUUACCAGGAACGUGUUCCAGCGACUUCAAACUGAAGUUCGUAGCGUUAGAUCUGAAAGUGGCAGAGUGGAACUGCAGUUCUUCAAAUCAAAUGACAAGACAGGUUUAGAGACGGAGGUGUUCGACUUCGCCGUUCUCGCCACGAGUGCAAAGCAAGCUGGAGUGCUAUUCCCGGAUAUCAGGCCCAUAACGUCAAAGCUGAAGGAGGGGGCAGGUUCAUCUCGGUCACUACAGCCAAAGUGUCUGAGGGAACGAUUGAGGACUUCGGAAGUGAGACUCUUGAACUUAAAACCUACAGCAAUCCUUCUUCGGGUCCCAUUACUCAUUCCGUGCAUCGACAUCGGUCGGGGGCAGAGGUGGUCGUGUCACCAUGUCAGGACGAUGACCUGGCUCAAGAGCCGAGCCAUGGCGAAAGUCAAGCUUUUUACUUGCGUCGACCUCUCCCAACGCCUCAGUCCCAUGACUUGCUGCUUUCAGUUCUCAGGAAGGUGCCUACUCACGAAAGACGGGCAUGGAUAA